GCUGCAUGGGGUACGGAAUACUCCAUACAGUCCAAGGGCUUACACUGGAGAAAAUAGUACGAAUCAAGAGACUUGUCGGUCGGAUGAAUUGAUCAGACUUCACGGGUCACUGCACUCCAUACAGCGAAUCAAAUGUGACCUUUGCUUGAGGAGCCGAAUGAGCGUCUUAGUUAUGUUAUGUCUCAUUCACUGUAUCCCAUUGGAUCCAUCGUUAUGCAAGGCGCUGUCAUAACCUGCAUCAGCAGCAGCUACCUAGUAUUGACGAUGCCAACACUUGAAGAAGCAAGUCUCAGCUUCCUCCCUGGCAUCAAGCACUCGGGCCAGCUUCAAGGCGUCAUCUCAAUCCUUAGACCUGCGAUACCACCGCAGCUUAAGCUUGCGUUACCAUGUGGCGGGUUCAUCCAAGUGGACAGCCGAGGAUGGCUGUGCCACCUCCAUCUAGCGCAAAGACCUCAACGUUUAUCUCGAUUCGACCAUAAUACUAAUCCUUCUCCACCGAUGCACCCCUCUAGGCAGCAUGAUAAUGUGCAAAUGGACCAUUGUCUAUAUCCUCCGUCCACUGACUCAUCGAAAGGACCGCCGCUGCACUGGACCGCGGCUCGAAGGUGCCCUUUCAAGCCUACAUACACCCCCGCAUGUGUUCAGUGCUCAUCAUCCGUCCGGAUGCUGUGUAGCCUCCGGACACGUUGCCGAAGCGUUGCUUCGCAGCCUACCCUUGCAGCCUGCAGUGGCCCGGGUUGUCGUUGCGUUUCCAACCCGGCCACAACUUCCUCUCGCGGGAAGGCGGAUUUUUACGCGGGGUCUAGAGAGCUCAUUGCGGAGUAGCACUCCAUGCUGGAAAUCUGGCCCGGUGAUUGACUGUCGAUAUAUAAGAAGCGCAGGACCACACGUGCAAUAUCCUCAAGUAGACAGCCAUGCAUGCCUGUCACUGGUUAUAGCGUUCAUCAAACCCCUAACCUUGUCCCAUCGACAUUACGCGUCAUCAACAGGAUACAGAUAAACAUGUCAGAUCAAAGGAUUCAACGGAUGUCUAAACUUGGAAGCCAGGCUGCCAUUCGGAGGAUAUGAUCUCUGUU